GGUCACACUGAUCAUGAGGAAGAAGAAGAGGAUAUCAACUUUAAGAGAUUUUUUAAAGUUUUUAGCUUAAAAAAUGUAAAUUGCAAUAUAUUGUAUACUGUAAAUGGAAGAAAAUGAAUCGCCAACGCGAAUGCCACAAACUACAUAUGUAAAUUGUAAAUGGUGUGCGCGGGAAACACAAACUGCAGGCGCAACAGCAACAGCACGCACCAACCACAACAGACGUCCAAUUGCAAUUCGCAGCACUUCGAUGAGUUAAUAUUAAGAAAUAAAAGCGGAAACAUUAGUGGUAGAACAAGUGAAAGUGAAUUCAGUGCGCUAGUGGCACACCAAUAAUGGAACAGGUCGAUUCCACUGCAACUGAGCUGCACAUAAGCAGGAUACGUGAAGUGAAAGACUUGGCCGACGAUGUGCGCGAUGUUGUGAAAGAAGAGGUGAUAUUAGAAAGCCCGGGCCAUCACCAUCAUCAUCAUCACCACCAGUUGGAUUCUAAGGUUCGCAUGGUCACAUCCUCCUCAAACGACAACAGCGGCAGCGGCUCCGGUGGUGGAGCAGGAGGAGGCGGUGUUGUCUCUGUGCCAGUUUCACUGCCCAUCGGAUCAAUGAUAACCGGCACCACCUUUAAUGUGAUUACGCCCGAUCAGCUCCCCCCCCACUUCAAGCCGAUGCUGUGCGUCGACAACAAUGGCUACCUUUCCGGUGGCACGGUCAGCAUGGGCAACGACCUCAAGACGAUCGUCAUCCAGCAGCAGCAGACACAGGCCAGCAGCGGAGGAGGGGGCUCCAACAGUGCUGGAGCCAACACAAAUGCCACCAACACACUUGGACUGAAUCAUGACGGCUCUGGGAGCAGGGCCCCCAGCGAGGACAGUCUUGUCCUCGAGCAUGCGGGUGGCGGUGGCCAACCAACGGGCUCCACCGGCUGGGCAGAGAACACAUCAACCCAACACAUGGAGGUCUUCCAGAUCCGUUGUAAAACCACCUGCGCCGAACUAUAUCGCAGCAAACUGGGAUCUGGCGGCCGUGGGCGCUGCGUCAAGUACAAGGAGAAGUGGCACACGCCUAGCGAGUUCGAGAAUGUGUGCGGCCGGGGCUCGAGCAAAGACUGGAAGCGCUCCAUCAAGUACGGUGGCAAGUCGCUACAAUCGCUCAUCGACGAGGGCACACUCACGCCCCAUGCAACCAACUGCAGCUGCACCGUCUGCUGCGACGAUGAAGCAGGUGAGUCAGCAUCCGGUCCUGUACGUCUAUUCACACCGUAUAAGCGACGAAAGCGGAAUCAAACGGAUCUCGAUAUGGAGCCUGGUCCCAAGCGCAAGCGUAAUACCCAUCAUAGCAACAACAAUAAUAAUAGCAACACUAACAACAAUAACAACAAUACGAGCGGUAACAGCGCCAACAACAAUAUAGAUAUGUCGGCGGCCAAUGCGGCUGCUGCUGUGGCGGCAACCUCCACCGUUGUGGAUGAGAACAUGUUUUUGGCCGAGGAGAACAUCACGUCUAAGGAUGAGCCGUGGGCGGCGCUAAACGACAGCCUAGACACCUCCACCGAGCUGGUUGACCAAUCGCAAAUGGGCAAUGCCUACGAGCGUGAAACGUUCGUGGUGAACAUCAAUGAUGGGGCUUCCAUUGCCGUCCUGGACAACAGUCAAUCGAUGAAGAACAUCGAGCAUGUGUACUGCACCAUGGUCAAGGCAACGAAUGACUUUAAGCGUCUGCUCAACGAAAUGAAGCAGUCGUACGAGCGUCGCAUCGAGGUUUUGCAAAAGGAGCGCGAUGCGGCGGUCAGUGCGAUGCGCGUACAGGUUCACGCGGACAUCGAUGAUCCAAAUAUAUCUGGCUCCCUGCACGGAAAUGAGAUCAUAUCGGCCAAAAAGUGCGCCAACUGUAACCGCGAGGCAUUGGCUGAAUGCUCGCUGUGCCGGAAGACGCCGUACUGCUCGGAGUUUUGCCAGCGCAAGGAUUGGAAUGCUCAUCAGGUGGAGUGCACAAGGAAUCCGCAAGCGACAACGCAGCAGGUCAUGCUGUUGAUCGAUGAUCAGUCCUAAGCAACCUAACGAAAUGUACAUACAAAUUUUACUACUAAUAAUACGAAUAUACAAAGUUCCCCCUUUUCCUACACCUCCCUAUUGUCCCAAUCCCUUACCCACACUUCGAAGCCCAUUAGCAAGCCUCUAUCCUUUUAGACUUAUGUCCUACAUUAAUGUAAUUCUUAACGUACAUAUAACUAUAUAAAUAUAUAUAUGUAUUGAUAUAUAUAUAUACAUUUUACUAUUGAACGUAGGGCAAGCCAACAAAAAAUACAAAAUAAAUAAAAAAAGAACAACAAAAAUAUAAUUAAUUAAAAAGGAGAGAAUAACGUAGCAAGCAAAAAUCAAAGCAAGUGCAAAGGCGUAGAAAAUUAAUUAAGCUACAUUUUGAACGUAACAAAACCUAAACAGAUUACUUGUAAUUCAAUUUAAAUUAAAUUAAAUUUAGUAAUAGUUGCAAGGCGCAUAGCAUAACUAACAGGGAGCCACAGCCACCCCAUCCCAUCCCAUCACAACCAGACACUGAACACGAAACUGAACCCAAUUCCCCAAACCCCACACAGAUUGCAAACUCUUUUGCAUUGAUUGAGGGGAAGGACAACCCAACCAACAAAGAGAAGAUGACACAAAUUCUGGAAUUACAAUUCGAGUACAUAUUCCUCUAUGUAUACAUUUUUCAUUAGACUCUAAGCACAUAGUUAAACUUUUAACAUUUUACUAUUAUAAUUUAAUGGAUACUACUGCCCGUUACAAGCAUCCAAUAAAGAUUUCAAACAAAAAUAACUGAUCGGUACCCAGGAAAUAAAUGAAAUUCAAACUACA